AUGGAGUUUGAUCACAACAAAGUUAAACGAGUGGUAGAAGAAGAUAGACUGAGCAGCUUGCCAGAUGAGCUUCGUCAUAAGAUCUUAUCUAGUUUUGACAUGAAAUUUGCUGUUCAAACAUGUUUGUUGUCAUCAAGAUGGAAGCUUCUGUGGACAUCAAUGCCUUGUCUCAACUUCUCAAGUUGGCAGUUUGGUACUUUAUGUAAUUUUGCCAAAUUCGUAACUCAUAUUCUGUCUCACCACAAUCAUCCAGCACUAGUUUCUUCGAUAAACCUAAAUUUCCUUGGAGGAGUAGCUAAUCAUCUUUUGUUGAAAACGAUUGCAAAAUAUGCAUUCUCUCACAAUGUCCAACAACUAAAUGUUGUUACUUGGCCUGUAAGCAACCUUGUCAAUUACCCUCCUUGCCUACUUAGCUCUCAAUCGCUUAAACAUUUCACAUUUAGUACUUGCCAUGUUACGCCAACUCGCAUUAUACUCAAAACACCUUUGGAUUUUCCAGCUUUAACAACUUUGCAUCUCAGUGGCAUCAAGUUGUGUGAUGAUCUUUUCUCCAAGUGUGUAUCCUUAAAGGACCUCACUAUAGAACAAUUCGCUGUUGAGGAUGAUCUGGAGGUAUUUGACAUCAUUGCCCCUCGACUUUGUAAUCUCAGGCUUAUCUAUGGCAGUGGUUUCAAACUCAUCAAUGUGAUUGCGCCUCAACUUGAGAAUCUCACAAUAAUUGAUUGCUCAAUUAAUUACUUAAAAGCUCCACCAGGACUUUCAUCAUUGUGCUACACGGGUUAUCCUCUUAUGCGGUUGUGUAAAGUUGGGUUUCACUCUCUAAACAAAGCGACUAUCGGUUUCUUUAAUUAUCAUUCAAUCAUCAGGUAUAAAGUGGGAGAUGCACGCAAGAUUAUUAACAUGCUUCUAAAGCUCCAUAGUGUCAGAUAUCUAACACUUAACGCAGACAUUAUUGAGUGUCUUUCCUCAUUUCCGGAUUUAUUAUCACACUUUCUAUCACCUUUUAGCAACUUAAUCUGCUUGACUAUAGACUACAAGGAUGCAUACAAAGUAAAAAUGUAUACUGAAGUUAUAAACUUCUUGUUAGAGAACUCUCCAAGCGCCACCUUCAUCAUGAAAUUACCCAAGAAACUUUUGAUUACACUAUGUGCCUUAGCAAGUGGUUUCUUCAACAUUGUUGAAGAUUACAGCCUGGACGAUUAG